AACACAGACGAGAAUCCUAAAAUCCAUUUUCUCUCUCUCUCUAUCCCUUCGUCUUCUUCCUCGGCGACACCACUUGCAGGAAGAGAACUCGACGAAGAAGAAAAAAUUUUCCGGUAUUAGUCAAAUCGACGCAGACGGGAUAGAGAAGACGACGAGAGUCAGCUUCAUCAUCUACUUUAGAUUUCCAACGUCUAAGCACAUGAACCGACGGCGACUUUUGGUAUCGGCAACACUGCUCUCGUACUUGCUUUACGGCAUGACUCUCGUCUCCGUUGAAGCCUCCGGUGAAAAGCUUAGAGAUAAUCUGGAUUUGACUAAAACGACGAUGUUGUCACCGAGCUCAUCACACCGGAAAAUGCUUCUUCUCUCUACUGGUCCUGAAAAAGGAAAAGCAGAGAGCAGGGCAGAGCCGGAGAGAAUCGGAGAUAAGUGCAAGAGUACGGACAUAGUGGUGAACCAAGCAGUAACGGAACCAAUGCCUAACGGAAUACCAGGUUACAUGGUAGAGAUAACGAACCAGUGUAUGUCUGGAUGCAUAAUUUCGAGGAUACACAUCAACUGUGGUUGGUUCAGCUCGGCUAAAUGGAUAAACCCAAGAGUCUUCAAGCGUAUUCACUACGACGACUGUCUCGUCAACAACGGCAAGCCUUUGCCUUUUGGCUCCACUCUCUCUUUUCACUACGCCAACACUUUCCCUUACCAUCUCUCUGUCGCCUUUGUGACCUGUUCUUAGGGUGGUGGCUUUUUCUUUUAGUUUUGCUUAUAGGAUGAGAUAGUAGAAACAGAGGGAAAUUAAGAGGCCUUAUUAGAUACGGAAAUAUGAGAUUAGUCAUAUUCAUACGAUAACAUCCACUUUUGUUUUUUGGUUCUCUUGGGAUGUGAAGAAACAGUGAUAGAUAAAUGAAUAUAUCAAACUCUUUUUUCCCUCCCUAUAAAGCUUAUCUCAAUAC